AGUAAAAGCGCGUCAUUUGUUGUUAAGAUAAGCUGAGUUCAUGUUUGUCGGUUUAAUGGUCUCCGCACGUGAAUCCUGGACGUAAUUGGACGCUUGCGCUGUGUGCUUACAGAUAAAGCUAAUGUUAGCUGCUGUUUAUAUUUUAAUGUUAACGUUUAAUGAAGCUAAAGCACAUAGCAUAGAUAUAUUUUUUUCGGUUUUCUUUAGGUUUAUAGUUCCAUUGAAUUAAGCUCACACACUGGGAUGACCCCUGAAAGCAAUCAGCCAAGUCCUAAUCAGUCCCCGCAUCUUUUCCUGCUGUUUGUGCAAACCUGGCUCCAGUAUGCGGCAUGGAGGGUCAAAGUACAACCAGAGUGGUCCUGCUGGCUUGCGGGUCCUUCAACCCAAUCACCAACAUGCACCUGAGGAUGUUUGAACUGGCUCGGGAUCACCUGGAGGACACAGGCAUCAUUAUGAGGAACUUCUUGCAGCAGAAGCAUCGAUGAUGUGGACACGAUCAAGUACACAAAAAAGAGACGCUUAGAAGAGAAUUAUCACAAAAAACAGAGAGGGCCCUCAGCUGAUGUUGCUGUGCGGAGCCGAUGUCCUGGAAUCCUUUGGCAUUCCCAACAUGUGGAAACAGGACGAUAUCGCCGAGAUUGUCGGCUGCCACGGUUUGGUUUGCAUCACCCGCAGCGACAGCAAUCCGGACAAGUUCAUCCACCAAUCGGACCUGCUGUGGAAGUAUCGCAAGAACAUCCACAUCGUCCAUGAAUGGGUGACCAACGACAUGUCAGCCACUCACGUGCGGCGGGCGCUGCGUCGCGGUCAAAGCGUCAGAUACUUGCUGCCAGACAGCGUCAUUCACUACAUUAAAGAGCACAAUCUGUACAGCGCUGAAAGCGAGCAGAAAAAUGCUGACGUGGUUCUGGCACCCCUCCAGAGAUACGCGGGUGAUUCUUCGAGCUGAGGAAAUUUCACUGUGAAUUUAAAACAAAACAGAAAUUCACUUUAAGCUUCCAAUUGUGCCUAAAAAAAAAAAAGGGUAUUUCCUGAGAAUGGGUGUGCUUGACAUUGUUGAGUGUAGUGAUUUAGUAACAGUUUCACUCUGCUGUAGUUUAGUUUGCGUGUGUGUGGAAAAGUACACAAGAACACAAAAUAAUUGAGCAGCAGAUCAUCGAGAUGAGGGCUUACAUGAAUGUGUAGCUAAGGAGCUACAUUUAACUGUGAAAUAGGAACAGACAUGUUUAUUGUUCUGUGAAAUAUGGUGAAUGGUGAAUUACUUGAACCAGACUUUACCUUUUUUUUUAUAUGUCUGGCUUCAGUGCACUCCUCUCAGCCAGCAUGUUUUUGUACCUAGAGCUCUAUUUCUCCAUGCACUUCCUCAGGCACUGUGCUUUAACAUACUCGAUUUUGCAGAUUUGAUAAUAAAGGUGUGAUUUGCACUUUUGUGGAAAUAAACAGCACUGUUUGUUUUC